UCCGCGUUUGUCCCGUCCCUGUCCUCUCGUCCAUCUCAUCCACCCUUCUCGCCAAUUUAUCGCGUCUUCCACACUUCCCGUGGUUUCUGGUCGCGCCAUUCGAGCUCCAAGAUAGAUUGUCCUUGUUACAUACUCGCAUCACCAUGUCCGCUACGACAGCACAUUCACGAUAGAACUCCUCCCUAUACCUAAUACAUCUCCUCUUCUCCACUACCAAGCUCUCCGCACCCGGAGCUAUGCCCUCCACCACAGCAUCGCUGGCGAGAGCCUGUAGAAAUACCGCCAAUGCAUCUCUCUUCGCCCAUACACAACCACGCGUCUCCCCAAACACGCGGAUAGCCAUCGCGCCGCCGGCCGCCGCCAUAAUAUUACCCCGGCGAAGCUUCACCUCCCUACCCACCCCAUCCCCAGCCGCCGCCUUCCUUUCCGCCACGCGUCGCAAUGCCUGGCAAACCCACCAGCAAUCCUUAAUACGGCCGUUCUCUACUACGCGAGCCUUCUAUGAAGCACAAAAGAAUGAGGCCCCGCGGCCUGCCAAAGUGCGCAAGUCGUACAAGCAGGAAAUGCAAGAGAAGGGCGCGAUAGAUUUGGAAGAAAACGAUGGGCCACCCGAGGAAAUGGGUUUUGCAAAAUCGGAAAAGGCAAACGCAGCUGCGCAGGUCAAUUUGAGCGCCAAACUCAGCAGGGACGGGGUAACGGGCGGCUCGGCGGGCGGCAUGUCAGAGAUGUGGCGCUUGAUCAAGAUCGCCCGCCCCGAGGCGAAGACGCUGUCGUGGGCCUUUGUGUUUCUGCUAAUGUCUUCAGCCGUGAGCAUGUCGAUACCCUUUUCCAUUGGCAAAAUCUUGGAUAUCGCAACCCAGCCCGAAGGCUCCAAAGAGCUGCUGUUUGGCCUCGACAUUACCACCUUCUACAUUGGACUGGCCGGGGUGUUGGCUACUGGCGCCGCCUGCAAUUUUGGUCGCAUCAUCAUCCUGCGCAUUGUCGGCGAGCGUAUCGUCGCCCGCCUCCGAUCCCAGCUAUACCGCAAAACCUUCAUCCAGAAUGCCGAAUUCUUCGACGCCAACCGCGUUGGUGACCUCAUCUCGCGUCUCGGUUCCGACACCAUCAUUGUGGGCAAGAGCAUCACCCAGAAUCUGUCCGACGGUCUACGUUCCAUGGUAAGCGGUGCUGCUGGCUUCGCCAUGAUGGGAUGGGUCAGUAUCAAGCUCACAGGAAUUCUUGCCAUUAUCGGACCUCCCGUCGCCAUUGUCGCUUUUCUCGCCGGUCGUCAACUUCGCAAUCUCAGUCGCAAGAUCCAGAAGAACUUGGGCACCUUGACCAAGGUUGCCGAGGAACGUCUGGGGAAUGUCCGGACCGCUCAGGCUUUUGCAGGCGAGGUCACGGAAGCCGGUCGCUACAAUCGCCAGAUCAAAAGAAUCUUUGCUCUUGGAAAGAAGGAGGCCGUUGUGGCAGCCACUUUCUACGGAAGUACGGGCUUAAUGGGGAAUUUGACUGUGAUUGCGGUGCUCUAUGUAGGAGGUGGCAUGGUCAAGAACGGAACCAUCACUAUCGGCGAAUUGUCCUCGUUCCUCAUGUACACGGCAUAUGCGGGAUCUAGCAUGGUCGGCCUCUCCGGAUUCUGGGGUGAGAUGAUGAAAGGAGUUGGAGCUGCGAGCCGUCUUUUCGAACUACAGGAUCGCCAUCCCACGCUUUCACCUACCAAGGGCGAACGUGUCCAGUCCGCGCGCGGUCCCAUUGAGUUCAAGAAGGUCACCUUCAGCUACCCAACCCGCCCUGCCGUUAAGAUCUUCCAAAACCUCAACUUCACCAUUGAGCAAGGCACCAACGUGGCCAUCGUGGCCCCAAGUGGAGCGGGCAAAUCAACUGUGGCCAGCUUGCUUCUCCGAUUCUAUGUCCCCACGGAGGGAACUAUCCUUAUCAAUGGACGUGACAUCACCAAACUGAACGCAAAGCAGUUGCGGAGGAAGAUUGGGUUUGUAGGACAAGAGCCUGUCUUGUUCUCUGGCACUAUCGCGGAGAAUAUCGCAUACGGUGUUCCUAAUGCGACACGCGCCGAGAUUAUCGCCGCUGCUCGUAAAGCCAAUUGUGAAUUUAUCGGCGACUUUCCCGAUGGUCUCGAAACACACGUAGGGGCUCGUGGAACCCAGCUCUCCGGAGGCCAGAAACAGCGCAUAGCCAUUGCACGAGCUCUCAUCAAGAAACCCGAUAUUCUCAUCCUCGACGAAGCCACCUCAGCCCUAGAUGCCGAGUCUGAAACCCUGGUCAACCAAGCCCUAGGCAAACUUCUGCAGGAGAAGAACACCACCAUCAGCAUCGCCCACAGACUCUCCACCAUCAAACGCUCUGACCGCAUCAUCUGCAUCAGCGCCGAUGGCGAGGUCGCCGAGGAAGGGAGCUACGAAGAGCUGAGCGGGAACCCGCACGGCGCGUUCAGCAAGCUCAUGGAGUGGCAAAUGAGCGGCGGCGAGGGUCCUCCACAGAUUACCCAGCGCCCGACCGAGGAAGAAGAGAUUGAGCGCGAGUUGGAGAUGGAGAGCGAUUUGGAUCGAGAAGACGCGUUGGAGAAGGAGCAAGAGGAGGAGAAAAUUCGACGGAGAUGA